UAUGUUUUCAUGUUUGACCGCGCAGAUGUAAUUAACAUCGAUUUUCACGUAAAAUAAUUUUAGCUUAAUUAAAAAUGCCUGAAACAAUUAUAGAAAGUGUCCUUAAUGGUAAAAUUGAUACCGCCCUCCUUAUAAAGUGGCUAAAUUGUGAUGCAAAAGAGGAUACUCCUGAAGAUUGUGUGUUGCUGUGUUGUAAUAGAAGUGAAUUUGUGGCCCAUUUUUUGACGUAUUUGAGGAAUCAGACGGACAGCGUAAUCCGGACGAACAGCAAUGCAGCGCAACUGCUGCAACACCAGAGCACUCCGGAGAAGAUGCUCAACUCCCGCAGGAAGCACCGGCGCUCCAUCAGCGACCCCACCAGCGACGACCGCACCAUGGACAGCCUCACUGUCAAAACUGACAGGCAAAGAAGCCACGAGUCUCCCAGCAAAGACAAGAAACGCACCGGAAGAAGAGUUAAAACUAAGUUGUUCACUGAAGAAAAGCUGUCUAAAGAGCAAUCGGUCUCGUCUGAUGACUCAAGGUUGAGCAUCGGAGUGGAGAGAGUCAUGAUAUCCAGUACACCGAUGAAGAAUAGCAAGGAUUACCCGAAUUUGCCUCUGACGAGCCCGGUCACUCCAAACAGGAGUUUCAAAGAGUUCGAACGGUGCGAUACGCCAAGAUUGAACCAUAGACAUUCUAGAUCACACGAGAAAAGCUGCCUAGGUGACUACCUAGCGUCUGCACAGAAGAGUUCCAAAAAGAAGAAAGGGAAGAACACUUCAAAUGAGGAUGCGGAUGUGAAAACUGAAUUGGAUCUGAGCAAUUCUGAGAUGUUUCCAGAAAUCGGAGUCAGGAAGUCCAGUUCUUUGCGUUCCGACAGGCGGAGGAUCAAACCGACUAAUAUUGACCGUAGUACGUCACAAAAAAGCUUUUCGCUAAAUAGUUUCAACUCGGAAUGCUUCCAGCAGCCGUCGCCGCUAGCGUUAGAAGAUAAUAUAGCAUUUAAACCGCAGAAUGUGCCGACAAAAGAAGUUUCGAGCAGUUUCGACGCUGAGCGAAGCAUUUUGAAACAGGAGAGGCACAAAUUGAUGGAGAAAUUCAACAUUUUGAACACAUCUUCGACUCAGAAGAGCGUAAAAACACCACAGAUUAAUGUGAUACAGAAUAAUUCUUUCGACAAUAUUAACUAUAUCAAAUCAGACUCGAGCAAAGUUGUUUUAAAAGAGAAAAUCGAUAUACUAAUCGAUAUUUACGAUGUUCUAUUGAAGAAUAAUUUAAUUCUUAGCGUGAUAACGGAAUUGUACUUUUUGAUAUCGAUAAUACUGUCCAAACAGAACGAAAUCGAUUACGAAGAUGCUGAAUUGAAUUUGAGUAAAGAUAAUUUGGAUUACUUAUUGAAAUCGAUUCAUAACAGCACUUAUUUCGCUGUGAAGUCAUUGUGGAAUCAGCGGGUUAUAUUAGAGGUGAUAUUGGACAGGAAUUCUUUGAAAAUACUCGGUGAGAACAAGAAGGUUAGGUCGUUCUAUCCGGACUUAGCCAAGUUCUUACUUAAUUCUUACGGACUGAAGUGUGAAGCGGAGAAGGCACAAGGAAAGAAGUGUAUUCUGGAUAUGAGGCCGUCCAACGGAGUGAUAUGUUUCAACUUUGAGACGGAUAAUAUUGAUAAUUUCCCGACAGCGCUUAGCUUCCAAAGUUUUAAGAAGCAGAGAGACAUGUUUUAUGAAUUGCUCAGAUGGUACCAAGACUGCCAGUCCACCGGCUCGUCCCGCAACACGUUCCGAGCUCGGCUCAAGCCGCUGAUGGCGGCGAGUUGUCACGCGGCCAACCAUCAGCAUCUCGCCGCACUAUUUGUGAAGCAAAUGUUGGCGGGACUGCCGCACAAUACGCAGGAGAGCCGGCUGAGCAAGCUGCACGUGCGGCUGACGCGCGCCGACGCGCCCGCGCCGCGCCGCCCGCACUUCGCGCACGCGCACCACUUCUACAAAGAAUUCAUAAUGAAUACGGACAACGAAUCGUUUCGAGUACACUUGAGGCACACCUUGGCAUCCGAGAUUGUCACUUUGGACUCUACGCAGUUGGUGGAAGGUUCUAACACGGACAUGUGCCGGGAGUACUUCCACCUGGUCAAGAAGCUGUCUCUGCUGGCCAAGUUUCUGGGCUACCUGACCUCGUUGCCGUACUCGCUCAAUAUUGACGCGAAAGUGGGACGUACCGUAUUGACGGAACAGCCGUUCGACACGCCCAAAGAGAAGGUCCUGGAGAACGAUUUAGCGCUGAGGAAUUAUAGCCAACCGUGCCUAGACCUCCAAGGUCUACUCAGAAACGCGCAAGAAAACUCCCGCCUUUGCAUAACCUUACCUUGGCUUGUACACUACCUGUCUAUGCUAGAUUACACGUCAUUGAGAAUCAAAUACUACCAACAAAUAAUAAAAACAAUAUUCUCAAUCUAUUCAAAUUUGAAAUUCGAAUCCAAAUACAAAAAGAACACGUUGAUAUUUUUGAAAUCAAUACUCGGCUGGUUGUUCGAUUUGCCGCAUUUUCCUGUCGAAAUUUUCUAUGAAAAGUUUGAAUUUAGAACUGUUUAUAGUAGUGAUGUGAACGUGGAUUCUUAUGAUAUUAUCGAUGAGAGUGUUUUGUUCGAGCUGUGCCCGUACCUUAGGGAUGUGAACGUGCUGUUAUCGACAUGUAAGGUGGGGCAGGAGCAAAAAGAGAGCUUUAGACACAUAACGCCAGUUAGUUUGAGUUUUAAUCCUGAAGAUCGGAUCAGGAAUAAGGAGAAGGAAUUGCAGAACCGUCUAGAAGAAGAGCUACUGAAAAGUCAACCGGCCUCGACUCGGCGCGUUCUGGAGUUGGUGUCCGAGCGAGUGACGUCGCUCUGCGUGCGGGAACUCUCCGCCAAGCUCUUGUGCGAAGCCCGAGACAAGGCAAGAGCGCACGCCGCCACUGUGGUCAGAACUCAUAACGGAGAUACGAACCUUCUGCAGACUUUGCAGUCGCUGUACUCCACUCACGUGGAGCAGCUCAGAUCGCGCACACUACAAUCGGCUGAGCAGUUAGUUCGCUGUCGCACGGCGGCCGCCCUGCGAGCCUUGUUGCCGCACGCGGCGCCGCCUAUCCUCGCGCUGGCCGCCAGGGGCUGCCUCAGCCGGCUGCAGAAGUGGAUCAAUGACAAUUGGAAUACAACUGCUAUUCUUUGCAAAGACGUAGAAGCUGAAAUGAAAACGCUCCUAGUAAUAGGCGAGCCGUCCCCCAGCGCCGCCCCGCGGAAGGCCGUGGAAGCUCUGCUCGCUCCCGCGGUCGUGUUCUACGCGGCCAACGUCAGCCCCGCCGCUUGCAUCAUCAACUUGAAGGAACAAAUCUGCCUUCUCCUGGACGACGAGCCGGCCGGCGAGCUGCCCGCCAUCUUGGCGUCGUGCGCGGCGGCCUGCGCGCGCCGCAACGUGUUCGCGCGCGACUCCUCGCGCCGCGCGCUGCUGCGGCUCAGCGUCGAGCUGGGGCUCGUCGUGGUGAGCAAGAAACCCUCAGAAAUAACCGAGACGUUCCUCAACCAACUGCACAAUAUCUGGAACACGUGUUGCCCGGACCGCAAGCGGACCCAAUCGCAAGAUCUGUCCAUCCCUGAGAGAAGGGAGGAUAUCUCGCCGGAAUUCCGCAACUUCGAAGACGACGAUCGAGUUCAAACUCCUGUAUCUGACGAGGAGAACCAGAAUAAUCCUGUCGAAGGCAAGAUAUUAGUACUAGAAGGCAAUUUGGCACAGAUUGAAGGCAAAACGUUACAAAAUGAAGGCGGAACAUUACAAAAUGAAGGCAGAACAUUACAAAAUGAAGGCGGAACAGUACAAAAUGAAGGCAGAACAUUACAAAAUGAAGGCAAAACAUUACAACAUGAAGGCGGAACAUUACAAAAUGAAGGCAAUUCAAUGCAAUUAGAAGCGAACAGUGUGAACGACAGCAAAAGUGUUGAUAAUAUAGCGGAAGACAAUAACAAUGAAAUGUUAGAGUACUUUGAGAGAAUUUUGUGUCCGAGGAACAUAGCUUUGUUGAGUGCGUCCAAGUGUAAAUCGAGUGAUGUUUGGGAGUCAUUGGCCACGGUGUUAGUGUUUCUGUUGAGGAAUGACUAUCUGAGUGAAGACUCGCUGACAGAGCAGUGCUUAGCUGUUUACAGGCAGGACUGGCCGCAGAAUAUAUUGGAAAGUCUAUCGACAUGCAUGAGGUCGGUCUCCUCCCGUUGGUCUAGAUGUUCCACCGGAAAGUUCACGCUGUUCCUGGACUUCUUGGCGGAGUACUGCGGCGAUAUGGACUACGAGCCUGCUAUGGACGACGAUGUGUAGGCUCUGUCUACCCCGUAGGUUUUAUGUGAACAACGUGAUGUAUGAUGAAGAUUGGAGAUUUUUAUGUUCUGACUAAAUGUAUGUAUUGUAUAUGUUAUGAAAUUAAUGUGCGGGAUUGUUGGCUCUGUCUAUCCCUGUACACGUGAUAUUUGAAGAUUGAAUUGUUAUAAAGUACCGUGUGGUUACAGGCACCGAAAGAAAAAAAUAAGAGCACUCCAUCUCUUUCUCAUGGAUGUCGUAAAAGGUGACUAAGGGAUAGGCUUACAAACUUGGGAUUCUUUUUUAGGCGAUGGGCUGGCAACCUGUUAUUAUUUGAAUCUCAAUUCUAUCAUUAAGCCAAACAGCUGAACGUGCCUUUUAGUCUUUUCAAGACUGUUUGCUCUGUCUACCCCGCAAGGGAUAUAGACGUGAUUAUAUGUAUGACUGUAAGAAAUAAAAUAAAUGAAUAUUUAUUACAUCUAUACUAAUAUUAUAAAGCUGAAGAAUUUGUUUGUUUGAACGCGCUAAUCUCAGGAACUACUGGUUUGAAUUGAAAAAUUAUUUUUGUGUUGUAUUGACUAUUUAUCGAGGAAGGCUUUAAGCUAUAUAACAUCACGCUGCAACUAUAAGGAGCGAAGAAAUAAUGGAAAAUGUAAUGCUUCAAUGAUGCCCAAAAUAACUAUUCCACGCGGACGAAGUCGCGGGCACAGCUAUUAUAUUAUAUUAGUAUAGAUUAUGAAUUACCGGAGCGAGUAUCUUAUUUAUAAAUUUAAGAAUAAUCAAGGAGGGAUAUAAAAUUUGUGACUUUUUAAACUGUAUCGGGAGUUAUGAAUGUGGAUGAAGCGAAGGAAGUAUGCAGAGAUCGUGGCGAGUGUAUGUACGUAGUCUCUGCCUACCCCGUUCGGGAAAGAGGCUUAAUUUUAUGUAGGAAUAAUAAUAAUAUGUUAGAAUAAAUAUGUUCGAAAAUUAACUAAAUAUUCAAACAUACAUACCUUAUUAUUAUACUUAUAAUUAUCCAAAUAUAACUAUUUAUUUUGUAAAAAUAUAUCGUUAAUAUAAUACAAAAGAAUGUGCAGAAGAAAAAUAAAGAAAAUAUCAACUGAUGCGAUGUUGUAUACAAUAUCAACAUACAUACGUGUCAUCACGUCUAUAUCCCUUACGAGGUAGACAAAGCCAGCGGUAUCGAAAAUACUGAAAGGCCCACUGCCUAAAAGGUGAAUCCCAAGUUUACAAGCCUAUCCCUUAGUCACCUUUUACGACAUCCAUAGGAACGAGAUGGGAGUGGUCCUAUUCUUUUUUUUAUUGGUGUCGGGAACCACACGGCACGAUUGACUUAAAGUAUUAACGGUAUUAACUUUUAACACUACUGUUUAAAAAGUCACUAUUUUUAUGAGACGAAAUGUAUUUUAGGCGAAUUAUGACAAAUAAAUUGAAAUGUAAACACCAGAAUGAUGUCUUAUUGUAAUUGUAUUUAGUCUGGACGUUAGAUGUACAUAUAUACAGGGUGUUAAGAUUUUUUUUGCAAAAAUGUAGGAUACCAGGAUUUAUACGCGGCUUUGUUCGCGUUUAGUGGUAAUUUCACGAAAUUCCCAAGGGAAAAGGAGUUUACAUCGCCAAUAAUUUAUGAUUAAAUGUAACGAAUAUUUAAUAAAAAGUUAAAUAGCACCACUGCCAAGAACAAUUAUUGUCCAUUUUUAAACCGACUUCAAAAAAAGAGGUUUUCAGAUUGUAUUCAAAGUGAUUUUUUUACAGUUGAAUCCAAGGAGCACAAUAAGUAAACUUAACUACAAAAAAGUCAAGAAAUGACAACAUCAUGUGACGUUUAGGUAAAACGUCGCAGGUAAUGAUGAUUUAAAAAUUUAUAAAAUAACGACAAUCUUUAUUAGGACUAGUUGUACAAUUUUUAAGAGUCCGUGGGUUUAGCUAAAGACAAAAGAUCCAGCAAGAAGCCGUCAGAGGAUAGCGAGCUUACUUGGUGACGCCGCCAACAAAUAUUAUUAUACAUACAUACAUAAAAUCACGCCUCUUUCCCGGAGGGGCAGGCAGAGACUACCUCUUUCCACUUGCCACGAUCUCUGCACACUUCCUUCGCUUCAUCCACAUUCAUAAAUCUCUUCAUGCAAGCUCGGCGGUUUCGGGUACUUUUAUUAUUAUACCAACCCAUGAUUAGAUUGUAAUAUCACGAUAAUAACUUGAAAAUAAAUUAUAAGCUUAACAUUGUAAAACAGUCUUCUAAGUUAAAUUUUUAUGACAAAUGCCUUGGUAUAUAUUAGUAUACACCCUGUAUAUUUGACUGCCAAAUGACAAUGUAUUUAAUAUUAUACAAAUAAUAAUUAAUUUAAAUAAAAUUUUAAUAUAAAGAAAAUGUUCGGGAGUUCGAAAAAUAUUUUUUUUUCCCCCCCUCUCUUUCCCCCUCUUGGGGAUUUUCAAGGCAAAGGCCGCCUUAGGCCCCAUAAGGUCUCAUCUCAAUUACCACCAGGCAGAUUGAGGCACUAUAAUAUUCAAAACACAUACAGGGUGACAUUUAAAACAACUGCAUCCUUCUAAAUAUAGACUUUGCCCAUGCUUCUGAGCUGUUUGAGCCUAUUUUUAUUUAAAUUAAACGUCAUCAUUUUCACAUUUAAAAAAACCCUCAAAAAAUACGUCACACGCUUUAUUAAAGACCAAUACUACAAAAAGAAAUUAAAACUAAACAUGUAAAUAAAUGUCUGAAAAAUUAAUUAUUUUUCUGGUAUCAAGAUCAAGUAAAGUACAGAAUUGUCGAGAUCGCUGCGCUGAAAGAAUUGUGUCGUUGACCUCUGAAUCUUACGCAUCGCUUUUCCGCCGGCCGGGUAGAUAUGACGUAUUUAGGAUCGUGGAUUUUGAUACUUUUAUUUUUUUUAUUACUUUCUGAAAUAUGAACCGAUAUUUUUCUUUUAACGUUUUUAAAUAUCCUUUAGAUCAGUACACUUAACAGUUAAAUUUAUGCAGUUGAAUUAAAUGUCAUCCUGUAUAUCCUACAACUGUGCCAAACAGGCCGUCAUAAUAUAAACGAAUGUUAAGACAAAAAUAUAUUUUGUAAUUUUUACUACAUAUUUAAAUAUAUGUUAAAAAAAUAAUGGAAAUUGUGGAAAAAAGUUACAAGUUUAUUACAAUUUAUAGUCUAUACUAUAAUAUUACUUAUAUAAUAACUUAAUAAAUAAUAAAUAUAUACGGGACAAAUUACACAGAGUUAGUCUCGAAGUAAGUUCGAGACUUGUGUUACGAGAUACUAACUCAAACUGGACGAUUAUUGUAAAUAUAAAGUUCCUUAUAAUAAUUUGAUUAAACAUAUAUUAUUGUUACAAUCUGUAAAUUUGUGUUCUAUACUUACUUACUUGUGUAUAGCAGUAUGCUUAUGACAAAAGUCCAAUCCGUCAAAAUAUGUAUGUAAAAGUGUAAUAUAAUUAGUGUUUUUUGUU